AUGCCUCUCUUCUUCCAAUCAAGACCUAUAGAAAUCACUCCUGAUGCGAACACUCUCAACGGUUUCAAAGAAGAAUUUAAGAAAUCAUCACAGUAUUUAAUUGAUAGUGGAAAGAGAAAUUUCCAUUCCGGCAAGGUGUUAUACGUUGCUCAAAGGGAAUAUGCAGUAGUCCAAUUCUCGGAUGAUAAUGUCCAAAUUAUGGGUUCAGAAGAUGCAACUACUUGUCAUAUAGUCAUCAUCAGACAUACAGGAUGUGGUACAACGGCCCUAGGGCACUUUGAUGGUACAAAUGUUGGGGAUAGUCUUAACAGAAUGAUCGCUACAAUUCAAGUAUAUGCUGACAAAUCGAACAUCUCCGGACGACUUGAAAUUCAUAUUAUUGGUGGAUUUAAAGAUAGUAAGGGUCUAUCUCUACAGUUAUCUUUGGAAAUUAUUGGUGCUUUAGCAUCAUCUGCAUUUGAUCUACACCUUGUUACUCCCUGCUUUGGAGAAAUUAAUGAUACCGUUCGAGAUGAUGGUGAACAUAUGCCUAUAAUUUAUGGUGCUGGUAUUGAUAUACAAAGCGGUGUAAUAAGCUGGGCUUCAUUUAGCGACAAAGGUCCAGACGAGAUUAUUCGCCACAGCCGACUUUCUUGGGGAUAUUGCAACAAAAUGACUAACCUAUAUGAUACUGCAACAUGUGAAGUUCAUAUUAAACCGUUCGCCUAUAGACAAUAUCGAAAGGAAAUGUAUAUUUAUUACUUGAGAAUGUCGGAUCAAGAAUUUUUAAAGAAUAUGUCAACUUCUCCAAAAGUUGAACCAAGCUACUUUGUUGAUAAAGCCAAGGAAAUCUUACUAUUUAUGCUGAGUUCUCCUAGGAGCGAUACAUUAUUUCCUAACGGUAUACCGCGUCGUUACCGCUGUCACCAAGGAAAGUGGAUUCGAAUUGUUAACUCUUAG